AUGUGGUCGCCAGCUUUUUCGAAAAUGUUUACCUCAGACUUCAGCGAAAAAACAGCUAAAGAAGUGCCACUUCCGGGGAAGAUAGCGAACGAAAUAAGAGAAAUGCUGCUGGCAAUUUAUCCAACGUCCGCCAAAGGGAUCGAUGACGAGAACUACUCGUUCCUGUUGGAUCUUGCAAGGGAAUAUAUGAUGGAGAAGCUCACCGAGAAAUGCGAAGACUUCCUAAUUCAUAAGUUACGUUGGCCACGCCAGCAACACUCAUCUCAGUGCUUAGACCUUCUUGUUACUGCACAGUCAUACGAUCUGGAGAGGUUGCAAGAGGAAUGCAUCAAAAAUGCACGUAAUCUAAGCCGCCGGGAACUUAAUAGUCACUCAAAGCGCGAUAAAAUCCUUUUGCCAAACUAUAAGAAAUUAGUCGAUGGGAUAAUGGAGCGAAUGGAAAAUAAAAUCAUGGAACUUCAGCGCAAUAGUAGCGGAUUUGGACUUUAUUAGUAUCCUUUGAAAGGGAUUUGAAGUCUGAACUGGAAAGCGUCAGUCCUUCCGCAAAAUUACAAAAAAAUUAGUAUUCCUGUAGAUGACAGUUUAUGACAAUUGUAUUAUUUUUAGAAAACACUAGGUAGGGCCCUUCCUAUACGUACUGUAAACGGAUCUAGCUCUAUCUCCAACCAUUUUCGACAAUUUCUUUAUGAUCUAAACACGUUUCGAAGCUCUGCGAACACUGCACAAUAACCUCGCAAUCCAUCCCAUAAUGUUAGUCCGUAAACUACAUUAAAUAACACUACAUAAAGUAUGCCGGGUUCAAUCCUGCCUGUUGGGCGACUGAAUGCCAUAAUAAAAGGUUAAACUGAUCAAAAAAAAAGUUUUCGUCUUUGCAAUGGUAACCACGUCAUUUAACAAGAGUGGAAAUUUCAAAAUUUCUCAUAAAUCAUAACAAAGGGCAGUCGAUAAAUUUAUUUCUCCAUGGUUAAAUGAAAAACCAAGAGUAACAAAUAUCAAGCAAAACAGAAACUGAAUUUUCGAGCGAAUUUCAGGCUUACCCCCGCUCUAAACCAUGUCUUUUUCAACAAUCUGUUACCGAUAUAGAAAACUGUAAUAUAUGAACAGAACCAGAAGUGUGACAUCUACUUCCUGUUUGUUUGUGGAGGGCUGGGUCAGCCACGGAGAUUGUUAAAUCAGUCAGCCAAAGUGUAGGAAUCUCCAGGGAGGAGGAAUCUUGCAAAACGUUCCCCUGGUUGAUAACCCACUAAAGGUUACCCUAGAAACAUUACAGCCUCUUAAAAUAACCUUAUCAAACCCCUUUGAGCACCUGUAAAACAAAAAUGAGCUCAGCGACCUGAAUGGUUUCAAAUCACUGAAUUACAACACGAGAAAUCUUCACGGUUAACACAGUUCAGAGCCACCUUACUUAACCGUGUUAUCUAAACGACUCUCGAUAAUGCGGUGGAAGCAUUGCAAAACUGAAAACACCAAUGACUAUUAAAAAAUGAAAUAAUAGUGAAUCUAUAUAAAAUGUUGAAGUGAAUUUAUAAAUCUUUUAUUCGAUGGGUUAACACAUAUCACAUAAUACGCACAGACAGUUUGUGUAUAUCCUCGCCUCAGCAGGGAUCGGAAAAUUACUAAGUAACCAUAGACCGGCGGGGAAAAAGCGUUUGAUCCUGUGCUAUGUAAAAGUAAACAAUUUUACGAAUUCCUCAUUGCAAAAAAGGGAAUAGUAUCAAGGGGCUUCAAUAAAUUGAAAAAUGACUUUGACUUAGAUGAUAUUACUGUGUCAAAGGUUUUUCUCAAUUUGCUGUCAGUUUCAUCGGAAACCUUUAUUAGAAGCUUUCAGUUAAAACUGUUGGAUGAUAUCGUUUUUACCAAUAAGCGACUAGCUAAGAUAGGUUAUGUUCUACACGAUACCUGUACGUUCUGCAAAGUGGAAACAGAAACCAUCUAUCACUUAUUCUACGAAUGUCCUUUUACUCUUCUCUUUUGGGAAAACUUUGAAAACUUCUGGUUGUACUUUCAGGUAAAAGGGAAAAAUUCACCUUGCAAGAUGUAUAUAUCGGUAAAUUAGAAAAAUGUGAGUUAUUGAAUUAUCUUAUAACUCUUGCAAAAUUGCAUAUAUGGCAAAGUCGAAAACAAGAUAAAUUCCAGAAUGUGAAGUUUUCUUAAAAUAAGUAGACGUCAAAUAUAGAACUGAGAAAUACAUUGCUGUUAAAAACAAUACGCAGAAACAAUUUCAGGCUAAGUGGUUAUUAUAUAGAUGGCACUUAUUUAUAAUAAAUAAUAGUUUACAAAUAUAAUUAUAGAAAUUGUUUAAAAAUAUAAAUGUAAUUUAUAAUUAAUAAUAGCUUACAAAUGUAAAUAGAGUAUACUGAGAGUCUUGUAAACACUUUUUUAUUUUCAAAAUGGCAAUAAAAAAUGUGGAAAAAAAAAUUAACCAUAGACCGAGAGGGCCUGCAAACGAUUUAAACUUAAUAAUGUCUAUUUUGAGCUUUUUAUGCUAUUUUAUUCAAAUUAUCUCCUUCAUCUAUUGAUACACUCACAGACGUGACACUGGCAGGGAGUUAAGUAGCUUUCGCGAACAAGCUCCCAUAGUUUCAGCUCCGAGGUACUUGAACGUGACCAAAAAGUUUCGAUCGCAACCCUUUCACUACAGGAAAUUCAGACCAAAAGAAAAACAACGCAUAUUAAUGCUGAUCGUUGGUUCGACGCCUUUAAAAAGAUGGAUUUAAAGGUCUUUCAGGACAAAAGCUGGUUUUCAAUAACAUAACUUGUGACCGGAACGAUGGCUUGGAGCUUGUUCAGACAGUCUCAGACUUGUAAACGUGACCUUUGCCAACAUCUAACGAGCUGCAUACCUCACGUAUCCAAGUCCAAAUUAUUUGAAACGGUCUGAAAUAUCAACCUUUGUCUGGCAAUAUAUGUGUUUGGCACUGAAAUUAGGAAGAAGCGCUCGGUGACACAUGGUGUCUGAAAACAUGUGUAUGGCACUAAAAUUAGGAGGAAACGCUCAGUGAUCCCUUUACAUAAUACGAGCACGUUUUUUUUUUUUUAGUUCAUUAAGAGCGACAUGGUGUCUUGUUCAAUACGAGUAAAUAGAAAAUUCAAAGGGUUCAUGUUUAAAGCGCCUAAGUAUAUUUACUUUAUUCUUGCUUAGUUUUGAUUAAGUGAAAUCCUUUUAAGUCUUUUCCUAUUGAUUAGAUGAGCCGUCUAAUCCAUGGAUUUUCAACUGUAUCCUGUAAGAAGUCUUUCCUCACCUAACCGAUCCUUACCGAAAUUACGCGUUCGACUUUCAACCGCUCAGUUACCCGGUGCAAAAUUCAAGUUGAGGUAGACAAUAGUUCUUGUUUUAUGGAUCUAAAAAUAGUUUUCCAGGGAAAAUUCAGGCUCUUGCCAUGCAAAGCCCAUCAAAUAUUAUACUAGGAGUUAGUUCCCCCCCCCCCCGUGUCCCUUGCAAGGAAUACCCCAGUAUUCCUGCUAACUCAUAUCCGCAGAACAUAUUGCAAAAUGACUGUCAGAAAAUCAAUGACAGUCUUUGUGACUCAUUUCACAUCCACUAUAGGUUCUUGAACAUUUUAAAACCGGGCAAUCCUCACGGAAAGAUAAGGAAAAUGUAAUUACAUGUAUCUUGUUUAGUCUCAUACGACCCAAUAACGUCAUUCAUGGAUGUCUCUCACUGAUCUCACUCUCACAAAGAUUGUUGUAUCAUUUUACGGUAAAAAUAAUGUAAAAGUUGGCCUUCAAAUCAAUUAAAAGAAACUGCAUGAUUUUCAGAGCUUAAACACUGUGUUCUUACAUUACUUAGAUACUUAGUGCCGGUGAUCUCGUGCUUCCGGAAGACCAAAUUGGGUAUUUCAACACAGGGUAUUCUCUCUUGAUAAUUCACAAUCUGUUGGAGAUAACAGAUUUUUCAAAUAUUUCACCCCAGAGAGACAUCAGGAGAAAAAAACCAAUUUUUUCAGACCUUCAGGUGGAAUAUUCAACCCCUAAGCUUGAAUAAGAAAUAAAUCAUACCCACGGUUGCUUUGUUUACAUCCGCAUGGAUCUCAAGCAACGAGUUUUAAAAUAUUUAAAAGAAAUAUUUACUGAAGUCCAUAAUACAUCCGUUUCAGCGAACACUCACUUUCUUUUUUUAAAUGUCGAACAUGUCUGGUCCACGACUUAAAAAUUCUCCUAAAUGCUGACAACCAUUUUCUCACUUAGCACAUGUAGUGGAGAGAAUUUCUUCAACAUCACAUGCAAUACCAACUCGAUGUCAUCUAAAUAUCUUGGUCGUUAUUGUGUCUCUACCCUGUCAAUCUGCUCUUUAUCAAGUUCUUGAUUGAAUCACGUAAACUGUGGCGGAUCCUAGACCUCACGUUCAAUCCAAAAACCUAAAAUUCUUGAAUUUUCCGAGUCUCCACCAGGAGCUGUGUUGUGGCCGAUAUGCAUUUAGUUGGAAGAAAAAUUAGAAAUUAUCAAAGUUGUUGCGAUCAGCACGUGUAGUUGAUCUAGUUUCGCUACCAUCUCUUCUUUAAUUCAACCUCGUUUUGUUAACUGCUGCAUCUAAUGGAGCGCUCUAAUUGCAAACUGUAAACUUGUCUGUUACUGUUUAAAUCUUACUGACUUUUCUCAGAAUCUAAAUCGUAAACUUACCUUUAAAAAAAACCCUUGAAAAAAACUUAAUUAAAAAAAAAGUUAUCGCUAAAAAACGAGAUUUUCAAGGCUUCUAUGCAAAAAAAAAACGCAAUAAAAAGCAAACGUGAUGUUCGAUCAUCUUUCAAACUGUUUCAUUAUGCUAAGCUGUGACAUCACUGACUCAGAGAUAAAUUAUUAAAAAAAAAAAAAAGAAUCUAAUGUAGGUUUUUUCUUUGUUUUUAAUACCCAGAGAGGAGACUCAACCAUAAGUUUUAUCACAACUCCAAACAUAAAAACAUCAUAAAAGAAUUCACUUUAAAGUAAUUUGAAGAAAACAAAUUCUGAAAUACUUAGCACUAGCUUCCGUGCGACAAAAUGUGUUACAUGCAGUCACGUGCGUCUUAGCACAUGAGUUGAUAUUGUAUGCAGGACACGUACGGCCACUAAUGUCAGAUAAAUUAGUUUGAAUAACUAGCCAUUGCUGACCUGUCAGCGCUUCACUAUUUACAACCGUCGCUCUGUACGUGCAUAUAGAAGGAAACAUCCGAAAUAAGCGAUCGAGCAAGCUUAUAAAAGCGAAAAGGAAAAAGAUUUCCCACUUAUUUAGAGGUGAAGAUUUUCAGUUUUUAUUGUAAUUUCGAAUUUUGUAUUUUGAUCUUUAAAAAUGCAACAUCACAAAAUCGUCCUCUUCUGCUCCAUGUCGAGCUUUAGUUUUUCCCCGUUGUAGACUAAACAAAGAAGCGAAACUUUCACGAAUCUUUUGUACACGAUCACCUACAUCUUUGUUUACUUCCAUGUUUGUACGCCUAAUUUCUUUCCUAAUUCUCAUUGCCAUGAAGAAAAAAACUGAACAAACCGUCAAGAGAUUCGAAUCUUUUAGCUGAAAAAAUCAGCAUCUUUUUACCAAUACCUUGAACUGAGCCAAGAGAAUAAUAUUUAAUUCAUUUCCAAGAGUGGAAGGGAGACGCGAUUCUUUGCGGUAUGACUCUGUUCUUAAAAAUAGAGUCAUAUGGAGUCACAUCUACUUAAAAAUACCACUAUAUUACUUGGUGAAUUAACUAGUUCAUCACAUGCAUGCCUUGAGGCGAUUCAUUCGAAGCGGACAUACGGAAAACUUAAGAGAAGACUUCUCGAAAAAAAAAAAAAAAAAAAAAAAAAAAAAAAAAAAAAAGGAAUUUUGAUAACGCAGACUUCCUAUACUUAUCUUCUGCCAACACAUUCUCAGUCAUUUUCAACUUACACUGUUUUUACCACAACCCUUCCAUGUGUCUUCCCUGACGCCCGCGGUUUCCAAUCGUCUUAAUUAUGCACAUAAUCAUCUUUAGGAAUCUAUCUAUUCAUCCUCUCAUGAAGUAUUUAGAUAUUCUUAACACUCUCACACACCAGAGCGAUUGUUACAUUUUUUAAAAGAACGCGUAUGAAAUUUAUAAAUGACUUUAAAGACGUGCCAUACGUCUAAACUUUGUCCAAACUUCACUUAACAACCUUUAAAGGCUGUCACACUUGCGAUAAAGAAAAGCUUUGACUUUGAAAAUUAUUUCAAUUCGCGGUUUUUUCUAAAUAUCUGCUUAUUUUCCGUUGUACCUCCUCUAGGUCGGUGUUUAGUUUUCAUUCGUUUGAGGUAAAGUUUUGUCUUUGUUUUGUCCGUUCAUAGACUAACGACGAUUGCUUUUCUUAUGUUUUUCCUGUAAUAACUGGUGGAUACUGUCCAAGUUUGGUCACAAAACGUGUGAGGAGGAAGUCGUUACAUCCAUGGAUAAGCCGAUGGAGGCACCGAUUGAAUGAAAGUGAUUUAUUCCUCACCUGCGCGAAAAUAUCCUUAUUCUUCCUGUGCUUUUCGUCAGGUCCACAAAGGUUAGUACUUACUUACGCUAUUUACUCUAUACCACAAAGGUCUGUGGUUUUAUUUUUUUUUUUGGGGGCUUGUUCUUGAAAGAAAGAGAAGCCAACGAACUGCCAGGUUUGUGGUAGCUUGCAAGACAAGCCCCAUAAAAAGUCUUUGCAAAAUAAAAUCUUGGGCACUGAAAAAAGCCAUAAUUUUUAGAUCAACUCGUGUAGCAACUCAAUCGCACAACUUCUGUGGUUCUUUCGAAAAACCAUCCGCAAAUUGCCGGACCGAACGGACUCCAGCUACGCCAAGCUAUGUGAAUGCAAAAGAAGAAAUAAUUUAAAAUGAAGAUAUUACGGUUCCGCAUACAGGCUGGACCAAUACAAAUAUAUGCACUUAAUCACUGGAUUUGUGCUGAUUGGGUCUGAUUACUGAUCGUUAUCAUCGUCAAUGGCGGCGGUUUUAUCCGAUGAUAUGUAAAUUAGCUAACCCUAAGCCUAAACUUUUUUUAUAUUCAAAGAAGGGAUCACUGUUUGCAUUUUUCGGUUGACCAUUUUCUGAGAAUUAGCCUUAUCAUUUAGACUACACCAACCAAACGAAAUCACUUAUUUUUGCAUCGUUAUUGUUGAUCUGGUUGCCAGUAUAUUUGAUAUCAUUUUCAAAUUGAUAUCAGAUAAAUUCAAAACCAUGCUUACGAUUGAAUUCUUAAGCGUAGGUGUUACGACUUCAUAUUACUCUGGCUGCAAGUUCAUAUAAACUAGACCCUUAAGAUGAAAUGAUUUUUAAUUAACCCUGUAACUUUCAAGAUCUUAUUGUUAAUUCCCCGCUCUAAUUGCCUUACAUUUCCUUGUAAAUUAGUGACAAGAAUUUGGUGUUAGAUUAUAAUAACAACUUCUAACUGCUAAAUGUGAGUAUUCACAUUACCUGUUUGCUGGAUAAUGUAUGGAUAUUAUGGGAUGAAGUAACAUGAAAAUCAAUCCUGAGAGUUUAAAUUUUAGUCAAUCUCUUCAGAAAACUCACGCAAUGUCACGCAAUGCUCCUUCCGAAGAAAUGAUGGCGUGAUUGUUGCGUGACAUUCUAAAAAAUGAGUGCGAAGGAGAAGAGGCGCGUGAUAAUGAUGAUAGAACGUGGUUGCCGUUGGCAUAUAUGGAGGACAAUUCAUGAAUAUGAUAGGUUUUAUUCCCUUUGCUCUGCCGUUUGGAAUGAAUCCUCACACGAGUUCAGCUUACAUCGGAGAUGAUUGGACUUUUGAUUCUUCUCUAAGUUCCAGCUUUAGAAUUUGCUGGCUUUUCGUAAAGAUGACCUUGUUUCCAGAUUUAGUACAAUACUCAAACAGCUGCACAUAUAAGGAGAUUACUGAGAUACUUGACAACCUAAUUAGCCAAUCAAUCCAGCAGUCCCAAAAUCAUUUCCAAGAAUGACGACGAGCAAAGGCAUAAUUCAAAUGAGAACAAAUCGAAAUAACCACAUUGAAAUGUAGCAACUGACAGUGGGUGGUGAUCAACAUUUUUGAAUGUAAGUUUUCAUUUUGUAAAUACAUCAGGUGUAUUCGUUCCUUUUCCAGCUCAAGAUAUCUCUGUUAAACUUUUCUUGCAACGUAAAAGACCGUUAUAUAACAAGCCUGUCAAAGGAGGUUUUCCUUCAUUUUCCUGCAUUGACCCUUAAACCCUAUGAGUGACCAGCGUCUAAUUUCUCCUUACAGUAAUAUUGCGAUUCAUUUAUUAAGUUCAUGAAAAGAGAGGAAUGAUCGCCAAUCUAAGGAGCCUUGAAUUCUUCUAGUAAAUACCAAGAGAAAAGUAUAGAAAAGAGUAUUGAGAAUAUGGAUACUGACGCUAGGGUCCUCAGUUUUCCCUACAGUCAUGAAAUACGUUCAGUGACCGGAAAACUGGGUUUAUUUAGCCUCGUUAUGAAGAUGCAUCAUUUUCUUAGAAAGGCGGAAGUUAAUUUUAUUCUGGCGCUUUCUGAGAAGGCUUGUCAGUUUAGAGAAGUUGUUGAUCAAACCUCUCUGACCCUGAAUAACAAAUACGUUUGUUAGAAAUCGUUGUAUGCACCAUAAAAAUGCAGCAAGAAGGCAAAGCAGUUCAAGAACAUGAACAAGACUUUUCAGAGCCGUGGGAACAGAGCGAUGUUGUUCUACUGGUGGAAGGACAGAAAAUCUAUGUCCAUCGUCUCAUGUUGUCGAUGUGUUCUCCAGUUUUCUCUCGAAUGUUCUCCGCUGAAUUUAAAGAGAAAGAUGCCGAUGAGAUUCCGCUACCCGGCAAGAAAGCUGCUGAAAUAAGAGAGAUGUUGCUGGUUAUUUAUCCGAGUUUCUGCAAACGAGUGACAGACGACAACUUAGAUUUCUUGUUGUCUCUUGCUCGAGAAUACCAAAUGACAGUACUCACACAAAAAUGUGAAGAUUAUCUUCUGUGGGGAAUGGAAAAGAAGAACGAAAUUAGCUCCAUUAUGGAAACCCUAAUCAUCGCCCAAAAUUAUUCCUUGGAAAGACUGAAAACUGAUUGCAUCAAGAAAACGCAAAAUCUUUCCACGGAAGAUAUAAAGAGCCACGAGUUGUACGAUCAAAUCGAACCUCUUUCUCAGAGGAGGAUGGUUGAAUUGCAAAUGGAUAACAUGGAGAAAAAGCUCAGUGAAGCUAAAGCCGAGCUAGAGAAAUCCAACGCAGAGAUUUCAAAGUUACAAGGAAAGAUUAAAGAGAUGAAAAAAUUGGCUUCCGAAGGUUUGGAGUGCGUCGGAUCAAUUGCUGCCAACCUUGGAAAUCACAUUCGUCACGCCAUGCUAAUGAAUUCGAGGUUUCAAGACUUUGCGAUGACCACGGAGCAACAUUUGAAAACCAUUCAGAACGACACCAGCGCUCGCGCUACAUUCAACGGUCGGGAUAAAGUUUGUCUAUCGUUAAAUGAAACAUAUUCUCCUCUGGAAAAUCUCCAAUAUAAGCUUUUGGCAAUCACAAAAGGGUUUAAAUAGAUGCUGCGAAAAAUAUCUAUGUUGGAAUAUUUCGUAAAUUUCAUAAAUAUUUCAUAAAUUUGGCAUAUCUUGUUUGGGCGUUUCUGCCACUACUACGUAACGUAAAUUGUAUUUCCAGACGUCAGUUCAAGGCAAGAUUGGAAUUAUUCGAGAAUCGAAUAUAUUCAAGCCCACAUUACCUUUACAAUAAAUAGCAACUGCAUCCUAUUGUCAAAACAAAAUUGUUUAAAUUUUCGGAUAAAAGUGAUUGAAAGGCUCUAUCUAAGGAGGUACGGUACUGACAUCCUUCUAUUGCAGCUUCUUGCUGAAUAGUACCAGUGUAGCUCUCACUGUACUGAAGUUCAUAGCCAGUCUCGAGCACAUUUAAAAGUGUGGGUAAUUCUGUCUGCAUUAAAAAUGAUUGUCUGGUUAACUGAGACAAACUUGAAUACAACUGAUUUCCAAUAUUCAUUAUUAACACGAGAUCAUUAGCAGAAUUGAUUCCUUGUUUGUUACUGUAAAUCAAGGAGCAUAAACUCAUCGUAACACAUUGUUGUCCUGAAUUCUGUCCAAAUACCAAUUCAUCAGCUUGGCUAUAUGGUGCCAUUAUUGUUUUGCUGGGGUCAAUGUACAUUGGAGUAGGGCCAGAGUUUUUCUCUAUAUCUGAACUCAGUUGAAAUUUACAAUAGUUUGAUGCACGUGUCUGACUUUUAUAAAGACACAUGGGUCUAUUACAAGAAAACAUUGAUAAGUACCGACUUGCUCUAUGCUUCAAUUUAAUUAUACUUUGAUAUACCCUUAUAGAACAAUUAAACAAAUACUUCUUAUCAUGUUUUGUAACUUUAUUUAAUCUUACUCUCGUCGUAUUAAGCUUACAAUCAUUCUUUGUAACUCUUCUAACCUUCACAUAACGACGUAGCCAAGAGGACUUCGGUAUGCUUAGACGAAUACGCUCAUAAACAAAUUCCUUCAGUUUUCUGCCCUUUCUUCUGAGACGUUUCAGAGUAGCUUCUGGUAUUCUGCUAGGUUCUUGAUCACGUCUAAAUACACGGUUGUGUUUACAUGUAAACAUAAUAUGAGAUAACUCGUUUGAUAUAGCAGGUUUCGCUUGAUAUUUCUCAAUAAAAGGUUCACUCGUAAAGGAUCGCUCGUAAAGGAUCUCUUGUAAAGUUCGCGGACCGACCCGUUCCCAAAACGCUCCACAAAUUUUAGUGGGGGUCUACCGCGAACGGUGUGUGACUUUGUAUAUAUAUUGGGCGUAAUAGCCAUUGAAUUUCUUUCGCGUACAUCAAGCAAGGAAUUGUCCACGAAGGCAGCCAUUACUUUAAACCAUGCGCUCUAAGGUUCAUUCUAUGCAUGCGCCUACACUUCACGCAUGCGCUGUAGUGGAACUAUGUGUAUUGACUGAAUGCAAAAAAAAAAAAAAAACGAAGCCGAAUUUAAACCUCGGGCGUUUCCUUCGGAAAGCCCGAGUAAAAAGUUAUUUCCUUCCCGCUAUUAAAUAUAGCAUGUCUUGUUAACGUGUCGAUCUAUGUCGCUGCCUAAUAACCUAAAUUGUGUUUUUGAGCAAGAGUGGAAUCAUUGAGAUCUUGGCUCAAGUUCCAGAUGCAGAUUGCAAUAUCUUGUUUUAUGUUCCUAUUGUUGGUAACAACAGGGUUGACUGUAAGCUUUUAGGAGUCUUAUUGACAUGAUGUGGUAAAUUACUUCACUAUUUAACAAUACACGGAAAACAAUCGUUCUUCAUUACCUCUAUCAUAAAAAAGCGUGUGCAUCAUUGAACAAACCUCUGCUAUAACUGGCAGCUGUAUGUGACUUCCAAUGAUUAGUAAAUAAUGAUAAUAGAAUCAUCACACUUAACAAAACCAAAAAACACUGCUAUUGCAAUACUGAGGUCAUCUGCUGAAGCGAAAGGCCAAGGCAGAUAACACAGUCAUGAGGUUUGAUAAUUCAUGAUAUCAAGCAAAAACCAAAUUCGAUAAUUGUUCUAUAAUAGAUUUUUUAAAAACGUUCAGCCAUAUUGAGUUCUCUAUGAGUUUAAUUCGCAAAAGUUUGAGAACUCUACACGGACAAGGGGCAUGAAAACUAAGGAGACAUUGAACUCUACAUGAUAAACAUAACAUUCGCAGCAGAUACUGGAUUAUCGAUCAUGUCCACUUCACACAUUAUUCUAUAUUGAUUGAAUGUUCUCGACCGAUCGGAUUUUUUUAUAGUUAGUCUAAUGUAUAAUAACACUUAUUAUCUACCCCUAGAAAAAUUCGGAACGAUGGCUUGGAGCUGUUCAGACAGUCUCAGACUUGCAAACGUGACCUUUGCCAACAUCUAACGAGCUGUAAUAGUAUACCUCACGUAUCCAAGUCCAAAUUGUUUGAAACGGUCUGAAAUAUCAACCUUUGUCUUUCAACAUAUGUGUUUGGCACUGAAAUAAGAAAGAAGCGCUCCGUGACGUAUGGUGUCUGACGACAUGUGUUUGGCACUAAAAUUAGGAAGAAGCUCACCGUGAUCCCUUUACAUAAUAUGAGCACGUAGUUCUUUUUAGUUCAUUAAGAGCGACAUGGUGUCUUGUUCAAAACGAGUAAAUAAAAAUUCAAAGGGUUCAUUUUUAAAGCGCCAAGUUUAUUUACUUUAUUCUUGCUAAGUUCUGAUUUAGUGAAAUCCUUUUAAGUCUUUUCCUAUUCAUUAGAUGAGCCGUCUAAUCCAUGAAUUUUCACACUGCACCCUAUAACAAGUCUUUCGUUAUUGAUCCUUGCCGAAAUUACGCGAUCGACUUUCAACCGCUCAGUUACCCAGUACAAAAUUCAAGUUAAGGCAGACAAUAGUUCUUGUUUUAUAGAUCUAAGAUAAUUUUCCGGGGAAAAUUCAGGAACUUGCCAUGCAAAGCCCAUCAAAUAUUAUCCUAGGGGUUAAGUCCCCCCGUGACUCUCCCUUGCAAGGAAUACCCCAAUAUUCCUGUCAACCCAUUGCAAUAUUGCAAAAAAACUACCGGAAAAUCAAUGAGUCUUUGCGACUCAAUCUGCUCUUUAUCAAGUUCUUGAUUGAGUCAGGUAAAUAGUAGGGGAUUCUGGACCUCACGUUCAAUCCAAAAACCUAAAAAUUCUUAAAUUAUUCGAGUCUCCACCAAUUGCUGUGUUGUGGCCGAUAUGCAUUUAAUUUGAAGAGAAAUUGUCAAAGUUGAUACGAUCAGCAUGUGUCGUCAAUCUAGUUCCGCUAGAUUGACAACACUUUCUUUAGUCAACUCCUUUUGUCAAUUGCUGCAUUUAAUGGAGAGCUCUAAUUAUGAACUUUAAACUUGUCUGUAACUGUUUAAAUCUUAUUGACUUUUCUCAGAAUCUAAAUUUGUAAAUCUUAGCUUAAAAAAAAAAUUCCUUGAAAAAAACUUUAUUUCAAAACAAGUUGUUAAAAAACGAGAUUUUUCCAGGCUUCUGUGCGGAAAAAAAGCAAAACAAAGCAAACGUGAUGUUUGAUCAUCUAUCAAACUGUUUCAUCAUGCUAAGCUGUGAGACCACUGACUCAGUGAUGAAUCAUUAAAAAGAAGUCUAAUGAAGGUUUUUUGUUUUUGUUUUUGUUACUAAGAACGGAGACUCGACCAUAAUUUUUAUCACAAUUCAAAACAUUAAAACAUCAUAAAAGAAUUCACUUUAAAGUGAUUUAGAGAAAACAAAGUAAUUCUGAAAUACUUAACACUCGCUUCCGUGUGACAAAAUGUGUUACAUGCAGUCACGUGCGUCUUAGCACAUGAGUUGAUAUCGUAUGCAAGGCACGUACGGCCACUAAUGUCAAAUAAAUUAGUUUGAAUAACUUGUCAUUGCUGCCCUGUUAGCGCUUCACUAUUUACAACCGUCGCUCUGUACACGUAUGAAGAAAGAAACAUCCGAAAUCGGUGAUCGAGAGAGCUCAUGAAAGCGAAAGGGAAGAUUUCCCACUUAUUUAGAGGUGAACAUCUUCGGUUUUUACUAUAAUUUCGAAUUUUGUAUUUUGAUCAUCGCAAAAUCGUCCACUUCUGCUCCUUACCGAGCUACAGUUUUUCCUCGUUGUAGACUAAACAAGGAAGCGAAAGUUUCACGAAUCUUUUGUACAUGAUCACCUACAUCUCUGUGUACUUCCAUAUUUGUACGCUUAAUUUCUUUCCUACUUUUCAUUGCCGUGGAAAAAAAACUGAUAAAGAACUGUCAGGAGAUUCGAUCUCCUUGCUGAAAAAAUCAGCAUCUUUUUACCAAUGCCUUGAACUGAGCCAAGAGAUUAAUAUUUAAUUCAUUUCCUAGAGUGGGAGGAAAAUGCGGUACUUUACCAUAGGACUCUAUUCUAAAAAUAGAGUCAUAUGGAGUCACGUCUACCUAAAAAUACCACUAUAUUACUAGGUGAAUUAACCAGUUCAUCACAUGCAUGCCUUGAAGCGAUUAAUUCGAAGCGGACAUACAGAGAACUUAGGAGAAAAAUUCUCGAAAAAAAAAAAAAAAAAGGAAUUUUGAUAGCCAUAGGUAACAACGCAGACUUCCCAUACUUAUCUUCUGUCAACACAUUCUCAGUCAUUUUCAACUUACACUGUUUUUACCACAACCCUUCCAUAUGUCUUCCCUGACGCCCGCGGUUUCCAAUCGUCUUAAUUAUGCACAUAAUCAUCUUUAGGAAUCUAUCUACUCAUCCUCUCAUGAAGUAUUUAGAUAUUCUUUGCAACCUCACACACCAAUGCGACUGUUGUAUUUUUUAAAAGAACACUUAUACAGUUUAUAAAUGACUUUAAAGACGUGCCAUACGUCUAAACGUCGUCCAAACUUCACUUGACAACUUGUAAAGGCUGUCACAGUUAGGAUAAAGAGAAGCUUUGACUUCGAAAAAUAUUUCCAUUUGCGGUUUUUUCUAUUUAUCAGUUUAUUUUCCGUUGUACUUCCUGUAGGCCGGUGUUUAGUUUUCAUUUGCUUAAGGUGAAGUUUUGUCUUUGUUUUGUCCGGUCAUAGACUAACGACGAUUGCUUUUCUUAUGUUUUUCCUGUUUUAGCAGGUAGAUGGUGUCCAAGUUUGGUCAAAAACCUGUGAGAAAGAAGUCGUUACAUCUAUGGAUAAGCCGACGGAUGCACAGAUUGAACGGGAGUGAUUUAUUCCUUGCCUUCGCGAAAAUAUCCUCAUUCUUCCUGAGCUUUUCGUCAGGUGCACAAAGGUUAGUACUUGCUUACACUAUUUACACUAAACCACAAAGGUCUGUGGUUUUACUUUUUUUUUUUGGUUGUUCUUGAUAGAAAGAGAAGCCAACGAACUGCCAGGCUGGUGGUAGCUUGCAAGACAUGCCCUAUAAAACGUCUUUGCAAAAUAAAAUCUUAUGCAUUGAAAGAAGUCAUAAUUUUAAGACCAAGUCGUGUUGGAACUCAGCAACUCGACUUCUGUGGUUCUUUCGAUAUAUAAGCAAUCCGCAAAUUGCCGGACUGAACGGACACUAGCUACGCCAAGAAAAUAAGUGUCGACUGAUCAUUGAAAGCCACGUGAAUGCAAAACAAGAAAUAAUUUCAAAUGAGGAUAUUACAGUUUCGCAUACAAGCUGGACCAAUACAAAUAUAUGCACUUAAUCACUGGACUUGUGCAGAUUGGGUCUGAUUACUGAUCGUUCUUAUCGUCAAUUGCGGCGGUGUUUUAAAAUAAUAUGUAAAUUAGCCAUCCUAAUACUAAAAUGUUUUAAGUGUUCUCAUUUCCUGUUUGCUGGAAAAUGUAUGGAUAUUGUGAGAAAAAGGAACAUGUUAAUCAAUUCUGAGAGUUUUAAUCUUAGUCAAUCUUUUCAGUAGACACACGCAAUGUCACACAAUGUCACGCAAUGCUCCCUCUUAAGAGAUGAUAGAGUGAUUGUUAUGUGACAUUCCAAAGAAUGGGUGCAAAGGAGAAGAGGCGCGUGAUAAUAAUGAUAGAAUGUGGUAGUCGUAGGCAUAUAUGGAGCACAAUUUAUUAAUAUGUUAGGUUUUAUUCCCUUUGCUUUGCCGUUUGAACUGAAUCUUCAAACGGGUUCAGCUUACAUUGGAGACGAUUGGAAGUUUGAGUUCUGACUUAAGUCUGAGAUAUUGACCUGAGCGCUAUCCAGCGAUCCCACAAUCACCCUCAGGAACAACGUAAAGAAAAGAGUAUUUAGUAUAGGGAAACUGGUGCUGGGGUCCUCAGUUUCCCCGUCGGACAUGAAACAUGUUCAAUGACCGGAAAACUGGGACCGAGAGUUUGUUUAGCCUCGUUAUGAAGCUGCACCAUUUCCUUGAAAGAUGGAAGUUAAUUUUUGUUCAGUCGCUUCCUGAGAAGGCAUUCGAAGUUUAGAGAAGUUGUUGAUCAAAACUCUCCGACCCUUAAUAACAAAUACAUUUGUUAGAAAUCGUUGUAUGCACCAUAAAAAUGCAGCAAGAAGGCAAAGUAGUUCAAGAACAUGAACAAGACUUUUCAGAGCCGUGGGAACAGAGCGAUGUUGUUCUACUGGUGGAAGGACAGAAAAUCUAUGUCCAUCGUCUCAUGUUGUCGAUGUGUUCUCCAGUUUUCUCUCGAAUGUUCUCCGCUGAAUUUAAAGAGAAAGAUGCCGAUGAGAUUCUGCUACCCGGCAAGAAAGCUGCUGAAAUAAGAGAGAUGUUGCUGGUUAUUUAUCCGAGUUUCUGCAAACGAGUGACAGACAACAACUUAGAUUUCUUGUUGUCUCUUGCUCGAGAAUACCAAAUGACAGUACUCACACAAAAAUGUGAGGAUUAUCUCCUGUGGGGAAUGGAAAAGAAGAACGAAAUCAGCUCCAUCAUGGAAACCCUAAUCGUCGCCCAAAAUUUUUCCUUGGAAAGAGUGAAAACUGAUUGCAUCAAGAAAACCCAAGAUCUUUCCACGGAAGAUCUUAGGAGCCACGAGUUGUACGAUCAGCUCGAGCCUCUUUCCCAGAGGAGGAUGGUUGAAUUGCAAAUGGAUAACAUGGAGAAAAAGCUCAGUGAAGCUAAAGCCCAUCUAAAGAAAUCCAACGCAGAGAUUUUAAAGUUACAAGGAAAGAUUAAAGAGAUGAAAAAAUUGGCUUUUGAGGGUUUGAAGCACUUUGGAGAAGUUGCCUCUUGCCUUGGAAAUCACAUUCGUCACGCCAUGCAAAUGAAUUCGAGGUUUCAGGACUUUGCGAUGACCACGGAGCAAUAUAUGCUAACAAUUCAAAAAGACUCCCCGGGUCGCGCUAAGAUGAACGAACGUGAUAAAGUUUGUCAGUCGUUAGGUUUGGCACAUUCUCCUCUAGUAUAUCUCCAAAAUAAGCUUUUGGCAAUUACCAAAGAGUUCAACUAGAUGCUGAGAAAAAUAUCUAUGUUUGAAUAUUUCGUCGAUAAAUUUGUUAUAUCUUGUUUGUGCAUUUCUGCUACUACUACGAAUCGUAAAUUGUAUUUCCAGAAGUAAUUUCUCAGCAAAUUUAAAAUUAUUCGAGAUUCCACUGAAGUUGCUGAUUGCAUUAUCAUGUUGCAGGUAGCAAAACGUUUACUCUAUCCCGUUAUUAAAUGUAGCAUGUCUUGUUUUUGUGUCUCUGUCACCGCUUAGUAACCUAAAUUGUGUUUUCAGUUGGUGAUUUUGAGCAAGAGUGAAAUCGGCAUCAAGAUAUUGGCUCAAGUUCCAGAUUGCAAUAUCGUGUUGCAUGUUCCUAUUGUUGGUAAUACUACACAGAUGAGGGGCUUGGAAACUAGCAAGACUUUGAACUGUAAUAUUCACUGCAGAUACUAGAUUAUUGAUCAAGUCCACUUCACACAUUAUUGUAUAUUGAUUGAGUGCUCUCCACCAAUUAGAUUUCUCAUAGCAAGUCCAAUAUAUAAUAACACUUGUUAUCUACCACUAGCAAAAUGUAGGCCAUAUUUGUCAGAAAUUUCGCAUGGUCUCAUAAAAACCUAGAGAUUGAGCUGCUUAUGCAAAUUUUUUUGACAACAAUAAAGUUGAGAUCACUUA